AUGAUCCUCUCUCUCCCCCACCUCGCCUCCUUUUCCGGCAUCGUUCUGCUCACCCGAGCCGCUGAUAGGCGCCUUCUAGAUCUGGCAUGCAAGUUAAUAUAUAUAUAUAUAUUCAACCCUCCACAUAGGAUUGCCGUUUGCCCCCCCCACAGCCAACACGUCGCAAGUCGGCGAUGCGAUGCGCAUUUGCAAGCAAGUGUAACAAACUCCGGUCUAGGGGAAAGGCAACGCAUAAAAAAAUAAUAAUCAUAAUAGCUUUGGUAUCCGACGCGACGCGAUUGCAUCUACAUAUUACUUUCCCUGCGUCAAUAUGUAAUCAACCAUCUUGCUAUCUACCCAAAUACUUGAUCCCAUCUGCAAAGCUAUGGUUAUGGGGAAUCUUAUUUUUAAGAAAAUUUUCCAACGGUUUGGCCAUAGCACAGCGUAAUCCUAAUUUUUUACGCGUGCGCGUGCGCAGCACGACUACAUAGCUGUAUGCAUCCUCUCCCGCCACCGCCCAACCGCAGCUGCCUUUGCGUGGAAGGAUGAUCAUUAUUAUACGCGUAGUAUUACAACGUGUUCAUGAUACUUCAAAUCGAAUCGACGGAU